UUGCAACCACCUGAAAUGCCUUACCCAUUCCCUCUCAUUGCACUUCCUCCAGGCGACCACAAAGAUGUCUUCGACAAUCAAGCCAUUGAAAUGACGAUUGCGCAUAACUCGUUCAUCCGUGGGGUGAACGCAAUCUACACACAGGCCAAAGGAAUUGGGGAAGCACAAGUCAAGCCAUUCGUUUUCUUCUGCGUCUGUUUCCUUGAGAUGCUUCACCAUCACCAUCAUAUCGAAGAGACGCUCAUAUUCCCUUUUCUCGAAACCAAAAUGGGAGCAAAUGCCAUGGCCCACAAUGUGCAACAGCAUCAUGCGUUCCUGGACGGAUUGGAGGACCUUGAGGAGUAUAUCAAGGCUGUCCAGGCUGGGUCAGCUGCCUAUGAUGGUGCAAAAAUUGUCGAGAAGCUGGAUAGCUUCACCGAACAGCUGGUUGAGCAUCUGUGCGAGGAAAUUGGAACUCUGGAAUCCAGCAAAAUCCGAGCGGCAUUGACGAAGAAAGAUCUUAAAGACCUUGAGGCUCAACUCGUGAAGCGCAUCAUCAAGGAGGUUUCCCUUGUUACUACGCUCCCUUUGGGGCUCCUCUGUCACGACAAAGCAUCGGCACCACAGCGAGUCCACUUCACAGGCUACUUUCCCAGCUUACUUUCCCAUAGUUUUCCCGCGUUGCCUGCUCCAGUCUUAUUCUUGGCAAAACGUGUCUUCUUCCACCUUCAUAGUGAUGCUUGGGCAUUCGCUCCUUGUGAUAUUCAUGACUUCUCUUUAUUCGAUGUCCAAAAGAGCCGACUCUCAAUGAAUAGAUGUGUCUUGGACCUCUUGGUGGACUUGCAGGAAACAAGAGAAUGGCUCUCCGGCAUCAGCGCCGGCACGUCCAUCUUCGGCCGUUCCGCUCGAUUGCCGUCAGGUAAAACGCGCCUCCGUUUUGCCGCCCUGAGCCACGCAUCACCGUUCUGCGCAUCGCCGCGCUGCGCUGACUGGCAGUAUAUAAAGGCUGGUCCAAAUGCACUGGGAAUCCUCGACUUCAACUUCACCAGCGACAACAUGCCUUACCCCUUUCCUCUUGUUGCGCGACCUGCUGGUGAUUGGAAAAACGUAUUCGACAACGUAGCAAUAGAAAUGUCUAUUGCCCACAACAUGGUUAUCCGGGGAAUAAACGCUAUCUACACACAAGCUAAGGACAUUCCUCAAGACAAAGUCAAGCCCUUCGUAUUCUUCUGCAUUGCCGUUUUCGAUUCUCUCCAUCAUCACCACCACAUGGAGGAAACUCUCACUUUCCCGUUCCUCGAGACCAAACUGGGAGCGGGUUCGAUGGGCGACAAUAAGGAGCAACACAAAGCCUUCCUCGGCGGCCUAGACGAACUCGACGUGUAUCUGAAAGCCGUAAAAGCUGGGACGGCGCGAUAUGACGGUGCCCAAAUCAUCGCGAAGCUCGACACAUUUGUCGAAGCGCUGGUCGAGCACUUGCACGAGGAAAUCGACACGCUCGAGUCGGGCAAAAUGCGUGCGGCAUUCACCGAGAAAGAGCUGAAAGACUUCGCCGCCCAAUUCGUGAAUACCAUUCGGAGGGAUUUUUCGCUGACCGUCGAUGGGCCGCUCGCGCUUGCCCUGCACGAAAAGGCGAGUGCGCCUCACUUCCCUCCGAUGCCUGCGCCGGUUCUGUGGGGAAUUCAUUAUGGCCUGUACCACCUGCACAGCGACGCGUGGGCUUUUGGGCCGUGCGACGCCAACGGAGUCCUGAAACCCAAUAUGGGUAAUGUCUCCCUCGCACUUUCUUGA